CUGCAAAUACCCAUCUCUAUUAAGAAACCAAAAUCCAAUAAACGCGGUUUCGCUAUAUUUGUUAAUAGAAAUAAACUCUAAAAGUAGCUGUUGUCGUUUGUAUAAACUGUAAUCUCUUCCUUAAACUGGACAAAUAUGCCUGAAGAAAGGCUAAGCAAGAAUUCGAAUGUGCCCGACGGGUCAAUUCAAAAAACAGCAAGCAACUCAAUCUCGCAGAAUAAAAAACAGACACCCUUUGCGUCUGCGCAGCUAUCCGCGGAUGCAGAGCUGGAAGAUGAACCGGCAGGCCAGCCUGCGGCUUACAGUAUGCGACCAGCAUUUGGCGAAUCUUUUCCGUUGCCAAUAGUUAAAAGCAUUAUAAACAGCGUAAUGGCUGAAAAACUUAAGGACAAAAUAUACGACAAGGACAUUGCUAAAAUCUGGACGCGUGAAAUAGCCGACGAAGUGAAUCAGCAGAUUGCUGCGAGUCCCAAAGUCAAGCGUUAUAAGCACGUAGUGCAGGUGAUGAUGGGCCAAGAGCUGGGCGCUGGUGCCACCUACUUAUCUCGCUGCUGUUGGGAUUGCGACUGCGACACGUCCGUUACGGAGGUGUUUAGUAAUACGAGCCUGUUUUGCGUGUGCACCGUAUUCGGAACGUAUCAGUACUGAAGCGGAGCUGGGCAAACAACUGAAGGCUUCAAGCACAAUUUAUAAAUACCAAAGCUAGGAACGGGACAUAUGUAAAGGUAUUUUCCUAAUUGUAGUAAUCUUACAUUGGCGCAAGAAAGAGAUGAAGAUUGCCAUUAGGUUUAAUCAGCUUCUGGCACCUUGCACUUGCCAUAUAUAUACAUAUAUAUAGAUAUGUUAUGAUUAUCUAAGCGCUUGCUUACAUAUACAUACGUAGACAAUUUAAUUUAUAACAAACGCACACAACAAUUGUGUUUAGAAAAAGUGAGAAUCAUUUAUAAAAGAAAA